AUGACAGACGCGUUCCCCAUCGCUCUAGUGGGGCCUUCCUCGAAGGAGCGAAAGUACGACCGACAGCUACGUUUAUGGGCAGCGAGUGGACAACAAGCACUCGAGCAGUCGCGCGUGUUGCUUGUAAAUUCUGAUGGUCCGAUCGAUGAACAAAACACACCAGUAGGCGGCGUCGCUGGCGUUGAAACACUCAAAAACUUAGUUCUGCCUGGAGUGGGAGGCUUUACCAUCGUCGAUCCCGCUAUCGUUACAGAGACCGAUCUCGGUGUGAAUUUCUUUCUCGAGGAGAGCAGUCUGGGAAAAUCGCGAGCUCAGGAGACAUGCGCAUAUCUCAAGGAGCUGAAUCCUGAUGUGGACGGAGACUACAAAGCUGAGUCAAUCUCAGAACUUCUACAACAACCCAAUUUUCUCUCCGCCUAUAAACUCAUACUGGUAUCGGGCCCUAUAAAACGAUCCUCUCUCGAUGCGCUCUCCCUCUCCGCCGACCAACUAGGCGUUCCGUUAAUUUACACACACUCUGUUGGCUUCUACUCCUCCUUCUCACUACAACUUCCCUCCGAAUUUCCCAUCGUUGAAACACACCCAGACCCUGAAUCUACACAAGAUUUACGACUACUCAACCCAUGGCCCGAGCUACAAGCUGCAGGCUCAGCAAUUACAGAUCUUGACGCACUCGAUGACCACGACCACGGCCACGUGCCUUAUAUCCUUAUAUUAUUACAUUACCUAGAGAAAUGGAAGUCUGAACAUGAUGGAAAAGCACCGGAAAAUUACAAGGAAAAGACUGCAUUCAGAGAGUUCGUUGGAGCCGGAGCAAGAACCAACACCGCAGAAGGCGGAGAAGAGAACUUUGAUGAAGCUGUGGGUGCUAUUCUCAAAAGCAUCAAUCCUUGGUCAUUGCGAAGUAAUAUUCGCGAGAUAUUCGAUAUGGAACAAUGCAAAAACUUACGGUCAGACUCGGACAAUUUCUGGAUCAUUGCCGCUGCAUUGAAAGAGUUCUACGCGAAACACGCUGUUCUCCCACUGCCUGGAUCCGUGCCUGAUAUGAAAGCCAAAUCAGCAGACUAUAUUUCCUUGCAGAAUAUUUACAAAAGCAAAGCAAGUCGGGAUGUUAAGGAAGUUCUAGAGACCGUUCGUACUCUAGAAGCGCAGCUGGGUUCACGAACUGUACCAGUUGCAGAGAAAGAAGUCGAGGUCUUUUGCAAGAAUGCAUCACAUGUUAAAGUGAUUCACGGACGCCGAAUACCGCACAUCACCAUCGAUGCCAGCCAAACUCUUAAAGCUAUCCGAUUCGGAUUUGGGAACCCGGAAUCCGUGAUCUCCGUUUACGUGGCUUUCGAAGCCCUAGAUGUCAUUGUUGACGGAAUUCAAAAUGGACGAUUACCCGCAACAGCACUAGACGAUGAUGCGACAUGGGACGAAACUCUCGACCGACUAAUAACCACCAUCGCGGAAGACGACAAGAGCUUCCUUGAGGAUGAAGAAUCGAUCCGUGAAAGCGUGACGAACGCAGCAAAGGAGCUCCGUCGUACCGAAGGUGGUGAAUUACACAACAUCUCCUCUCUUACGGGCGGAUUGGUCUCGCAGGAAGCGCUGAAAGUGUUGACGAGACAGUAUAUCCCGCUGGAUAAUACUUGUGUCUUUGACGGAAUUGGCAGUCGAAGUGAGAUGUUUCGCUUGUAG